AUGUAUAUAUAUAUAUACAGAUAUAGAUACAUAGCUCGUACUUACCCAUGUCCUCUCCCAUGCUGCACCUGCCCAACGGCAGAUCAGCAACAUCAAACACCAACCAUGGAACCGCUGCCACCCUACACCCCUUCGUUGCAGAUCUCCUUCCUACUGCAAACACAAUUCGAACACUCCCACCGCUGGACUCCACACUGUGUCGAAAUCAACUCUACCCAACUGUUAAUUCGACCUUUGAUCCAUUCUCAUGAUGAAAAACUCAUUAACAAAUGGUACUCUAAACUGGACGAAUUGGAAUACAAACAGUACAAAGCUACUUCAAACCAUCAACUCUGUCACGAUCAAUUGGUUCAAUCUACCCAAGUUCCGAACCAAAGAGACCAUAUAGUACUAUGUACGGCAAAAGGGUUAUAUUUAGAAAAGGACAAAUCGUUAAACUUGAUACAAUGGAACCGGGAUCCCAUCAAGAAGUAUUCGUUACAAGAUUGUCGCAUCGGUCUUAACACAGACAUGUCGAGAUGUCUUAGAAUAAGAUGCGAGAGGGAGCAGUUCCUACUGAGAGUGCCAGAUGAUGCAUCAGUGACAUCUUUGUUCGCAAAGAUCGCAUGUGCUGCGGAACUUGCUGUCCCAAUGGACAGCAAGUCCCAUGACCCGUUGCCGUUGAAACUGAUGCCCUGGGAAGAUGUAAUGUGA